UAGGGCACUUAUUCACUGUAUAAAAGCUCUGUCAUCGCAGGGCUCUCCUAGGCACUUCUCUCCGGUUGUUCUCACUGAUGAAGUGGGCAUAAGCACCUUGCAUGACCAUGCACUAUUAUGGGGAGCAGUAUAAACACCUGUACCUACCGGGAUCGAGCUAUAUCACUGAAAGCAUCCAGCAGUGCACGCCCCAGUCUGAUGCUUGCAGUACCACAUGCCACCCUGUGAGCGUGAUCAAGAGCCCAAUGCCGAGAUGGCAAAGCUACACGCAACCUUUCACUUAUGUGUGCCCACAGCCAAGCGUAAGCCAGAUGUCUCUGCUGUCUUGUCAGCCCAAUGUACAACACUGCAUCCUGCUGUACCCUGAGCCUUGUGAGACCACUCGCCUUCUGCCCUGCAGGAAGCCCAGCCUGAAGCUGAGCACGAUGCAGAAUUUCCAGCCGUGUGAGACCAGCCACCCCGAGAAAAAGCGUAUGGCCAAGAGCCUCCCACCCUGUGCACCCAGGUGCCCAGAGCCGAGCAAACUCAAGUUCCCACCAUGUGGGAUCAAGUACUCAUCCUCGUGCAAGGACGAAUGCAGGUCACAGAAGAUAUCCAAAUGCUCGUCGCAGCGGUACGGCACGGAGCUCUGGUCCCUGCAGGGGAUGACCAGCGGCUAUUCCCUGCCACUGCAGGGAGUCACCGAGUGCCCUCCGCAGCAGUGCACAACACAGUCUUUCCUGCAGGAGUACACGAGCAGUUUCCCCCAGCAGAAGUGCAUGAAGGGCUACCCGAUGCAGGAAUGCGUCACCACUUACUCCUCGCAGCAAUGUGUAAGCAAGUGCCCGCCGCAGCCACAUGUGCCCAAGUGUCUCCCUGGGCAGGAAAUAAAGGAGUGCUCCUUGCAGCAACACAAAGCUAAAUGCUCGCUGAUGCAGGAGGGAGUCAAGCACAAGAGUUCAUCCACACAACACCUAAACAAGUCCAAGUGCCUCUACCCACGGGCCACCCAGCACUCGAUUCAGAAUCAUGCAGGGGGAGUGAAACGUUCAAGCCACUCCAAGAAGAGUCGCUGUGCUUCAAAAUGGCUGUGGUAAAGGAGAUAAAGAAGUAGUUGUAAAACCAGCAAGCUGUGUAGCUGAGGUCUGAGGUUAUUUUUCUCCCCCUGUUCCCAUUCCUAACCCCCAGAGAAGCUUUGGCCUUAUUUUACCCCUUAUUGUAUCCAUGUUAAACUCAUAGAGUGCAUUGCCUUUCUUUUUUGACCACGCUUCAGUUAUUCCUGCAACAGAAAAGAUGUUAGUGAGAAUUUAAGUAACUGAGCAGGUGCUUAGGCUUUGAACUUCAAGCCGAUACAACUCUGCUACAGUGUUCGCACCCUGAGAGGUUUUUACUGUUACUGGAUCAAUUAUAUUCACAGGUUGUACCGGUCAUAUUAAACUGAGGUUGCAGCUGGAUUCCUGCUCUCUGUCUGACUUAUUUUCCAUUUUUUAAAACUGUUUCUAAUACCUACUACUGGAAAAAAACUAUUCCCUGUUGUUAUACCAUUCUUUUGUGUAAAAUAAUGGCAGUAACCACGCUUUUAGGACUAGAUUUACCAUCUGUGGGAACAGAUCUUGGUGUUGAAAAGUUAUCCAGAGACAUAGUAAAAGAAGCAGCGCAGGGCGGUAUUUAGAAGAAGGCUUGAUUAAAGUUAUGAGACUCAUUAGCAGCUCUCAGGCAGGAGUUUACUGUCUAUCCAGGCUUAGCUUGGUUGCACCAGCAUCACAGGGGAGAACAGCCCCUUUGCAUAUGGGUCACACAGGAGCUUUCAGUCCUGCACCCCAGGACCAGGGCAAGCUUCCCCCAGGUGUCCCCUGCUCUGCAAUUUUUUCACUGGACAAACCACAGCUGAGCAGAUUAUGAAAUGGGUUGUGUGGGAUAGUCCCUGGCAUAGCAGGAGGGAGAGAGGAAGCUGCAGAAGGUCUCUUGUGAUGCUGUGACCCUGAGCUGGCCCUGCCUGCAUUGGAUGGGUGAUCAGCAUCAAUAGUUUGUGGCUAUAAAAUUGCAGCCAGAGAGAAAACUAACUUUCAAUUCCAGCUGUUCCUUGACAAUAACAUUUUUGUAGAUAGCAGGAAAUCGUGCUUGACCAAUAUUUUGGUUUCCUAGGAUAUUUAUGUAAGAGGGAAAGUCCCAAAGCACAUGUCUUGGCACACCUGCCCUACACCACAGUCUCUCCCAGGAGGUGCUCCUGGGGAAGCACCAGGGAAGCAGAAGCUCUCUACCACCAUCCAGAGGUGCAGUGGGAGACCUGGCAGCUCUUCCCAUCACUGCUUCUCUGCCUUGCUCUGCUCAGCCAGCUCCCUGGGCAAAUCCCAGCAGGAAAACCCCCUCCUUUCUCCUUGGAUUCCUCUCCAGCGCCCCAAACAGACCAAACGGGAUUUCUGUAGACUCCUUUUUCUAAUAAAGUGAUAGAUUUGUCUGUGUCCUCGUUUCAGCUGUGAUAGUUAAUUGUCUUCCUAGUAGCUGGUAUAGUGCUGUGUUUUGAGUUUGGUAUGAGAAGAAUGUUGGUUACACACUGAUGUUUUCAGUUUUUGCUAAGUAAUGUUUAGUCUGAAGUCAAGGAUUUUUCAGCUUCUCAUGCUCAGCCAGCAAGAAGGCUGGGGGGGCACAAGAAGUUGGGAGGGGACACAGCCAGGACAGCUGACCCAAA